AUGGACAUCGUCGAUCUUAAAAGAGAAAGGUGGGGGAAGAAGUUUCCAUUAUCAAUAGUGAAAGAGAAUGGUGGAGUAAGCCCUUACGCUUCUCCUUCUCCUUCUCCUUCAAUCGACUCCACCACUUCAUCUGAGCGAAUCACACCUGCUUCUCCUUCCGCCACCACCGGCCCUCUAAUCCUUCAAUUGAUGGUCGUAGGCUCCUCUGAAAUCGACGUAUCUGAAAAGACAUCGCUUGCCAUCUGUUUCCCUCUGCUACGCUCCUCCUUCAGUCACGCCUCUGCAAUCAUCUCCCUUCCAAACGACGCACAGAUUCAGAGCCGACCCUCACCAUCGGCGACAGCAACCACCGAUCGCCGUCUUCCUCCGGCCAUUCUCUGUCGUGUGUACACGUACGAAGUAGCGUAG